UAUACACACAUACUUCUGCAACAGGUUGUGUUUCCACAGAACAAGAAGCAAAAGAAGACAAAAGGAAAAAACAACAAAACAAUACACAUGGAGAACGAAAUAUUUGAGUCUAUAUACCUGCACACCUUUGAGUUGUAUUUGGCGAGUUCCACGGAACACCAGUCUAUUAAAAAUUUCAUCCAUACAACUCUCCCGGACAUCCUGGCCAGCAUCGGAGCAGGAGAACCCACUCUGAACGUGAUGGGAGUGGGAAGUGGAUCAGGUGAGCUCGAUCUGGAGAUUCUUAAAGUGCUGCAUGAAAAGCAUCCGGAUGCCAAAGUGGAGAAUGAGGUGGUGGAUCCCAGCAGUGCCAUGCUUAACAAAUAUAGGGAAUCAAUUUCGAAGAUGCCCAGCUUUGAUUAUGUCACCUUCAGAUGGAAUAAAAUGACUGCAGUGGAGUUUGAGAAUGAAUGGAAGAAGAGAAGCUCUGAUAAAAAGAUGCAUUUCAUUAACAUGAUUCAGAUGCUGUACUAUGUGAAGGAUCCAGAGGCUACGCUUUCCUUCUACCGGAAUUUACUGAAGAAAGAUGGUAAAAUCCUUGUCAUUGUGAACACAGAGGAAAGUGCAUGGGCCAGACUAUUUUACGCCUACGAAGAUGAGCUGCGUCAGGAUGGAAAUAGCAUGUGUCUUACAACUGGAGAACUUAAGAGCUUUCUGAAUUCUAAAAAAAUCCCCUACCAAAGCUACAAGUUACCGGUCCUAUUGGACAUCACCAAGUGUUUCACACCUGAAGAUAAAAAAGGGGAGCAAAUACUGGACAUCCUGACAGAGGUUGUUAAUUUCAGUAAGACUGCUCCCCCAGAGCUGAAGGAUGGAGUGGUGGAGUUUCUUAAACAUCCAGACAACAGCCAAGAAGUGAAUGGCAGGAUCCUGUUCGAUUGUAGCCUUGAGGCUUUGUUGAUCGAUGCUUAGGUCCAAAAUUAUCAGAUACAUCGUGACGAGAAAUAUUUGUCUGGGGAUCAGGGGUAGCUCAGUGGUUAAGGCAGUGGGCUAUAGUUGAAUGGUCCCAGGUUCAAAUCCUAUGACCACCAGGUUGUGCUUGUUGGGCCCUCGACCAAGGCCCUUAACCCUCAAUUGCUCAGAUGUAUGAUGAGAUAAAAAAUGUAAGACACUCUGGAUAAGGGUGUUUGCCAAAUACCUAAAUGUAAUGUUGUCUAACAAUCAUUAAAAUAAUGAGGAAUACGAUGUUAAUAAACAGUUGUUAAUAAUUUAUACAGUAGGGCAAACAAGUGUUUAGUCAGCCACUAAUUG